CUUGCUGGCCUCCUUGGUUCUCUCGGGGACCCCGGCCGCCGCCUGCGGCCUUCUGCCAGGCGAGGCCCUGCUCGGGGUUCUUCCGGCCUCCCACCAGGCAAAACCCUCAAGGAGCGGUUUCUGGCGUGACUGGGUCCCUGCGGCCGAAGGGCGCCUCCCGGCCACGCUCGCUGUAGUGAAGGAGCGCGGCAGCCCGGGGCUCAUUUGGGUGAUUUCCCUCGGCGGUGGAGGUCGCUCCUAGUAGAGGCGGCGGCCAAUCACCCAAACAGCCCUCAGGCGACGUACUGUUAAGAUGGUAUUACUUUAAUCAUCUUCACAUCAGUAUUUAUGGAAUAGCCACAGGUGCCUCAACCUUUAGUAGGAGUUAAUUAUACAUUUUCUGGCCGAGUAAACAUCUCCGAAUGUAUUUUUUUAGAUAAGGAAAUAAAAUAUUUCCAAUAAAGUUGAAGUCUCAUCCCACCCAUCCAUAACCAGUCACUCCAUGGAUUCCUUUGGGCAACCCAGACCAGAAGAUAAUCAGUCAGUAGUCAGCAGAAUGCAAAAGAAAUACUGGAAAACUAAACAGGUCUUUAUCAAAGCAACAGGAAAAAAAGAGGAUGAGCACUUGGUGGCGUCUGAUGCUGAACUGGAUGCUAAACUUGAGGUUUUUCACUCCGUUCAAGAGACAUGCACUGAACUUCUGAAGAUAGUCGAGAAAUACCAGCUAAGACUCAAUGUUAUAUCAGAGGAAGAAAAUGAGCUAGGGCUCUUUUUAAAGUUUCAAGCGGAACGGGAUGCAACUCAAGCUGGCAAAAUGAUGGACGCCACUGGCAAGGCACUUUGUUCUUCAGCCAAGCAAAGAUUGGCCCUGUGUACUCCUCUGUCUCGUCUGAAGCAAGAAGUAGCAACAUUCAGCCAAAGGGCGGUAUCUGAUACCUUGAUGACAAUUAAUCGGAUGGAGCAGGCGCGCACAGAAUACAGAGGAGCUCUGCUGUGGAUGAAAGAUGUAUCCCAAGAGCUGGACCCAGACACCUUAAAGCAAAUGGAAAAGUUUAGAAAAGUACAGAUGCAAGUGAGAAAUAGCAAAGCUUCUUUUGACAAGUUAAAGAUGGAUGUUUGUCAGAAAGUGGAUUUACUUGGAGCUAGUCGCUGCAAUAUGCUAUCUCAUUCGCUCACUACCUACCAGAGAACACUGCUUGGAUUCUGGGAGAAAACAGCUCGAAUGAUGUCCCAAAUUCAUGAAGCCUGUAUUGGCUUUCAUCCAUAUGAUUUUGUAGCUCUCAAGCAACUACAAGACACUCCAAGCAAGCUUACUGAAGACAAUAAAUAUGAACAAAUAGGCGGUUUUCUUACUGAACAGCUCAAUAAGCUAGUUUUGUCUGAUGAGGAAGCAAGCUGUGAGAGAGAACAAGCAAACAAAGAUCACAAGGAAACACAUUCUCAAAUGAGAGAAUUUGGAGCACCUCAGUUUUCUAACUCUGAAAAUGUUGCAAAAGAUCUACCUGUAGAUUCAUUGGAAGGAGAAGAUUUUGAGAAGGAAUUCUCAUUUCUGAACAACCUCCUAAGUUCUGGUUCUUCAAGUACUAGUGAAUUUACCCAAGAAUGCCAGACUGCCUUUGGGAGCCCCAGUGCCAGUCUCACGUCCCAGGAACCUUCCAUGGGGUCUGAGCCCCUCGCUCAUUCUUCUCGAUUCCUUCCUUCACAACUUUUUGACCUUGGCUUUCAUGCGGCUGGAGCAUUCAACAGCUGGGUCUCCCAAGAGGAAUCAGAGCUUCGUCUUUCACACACUGAUAACCAGCCAGUGCCUUCACAGAGUCCAAAGAAAUUAACAAGAUCCCCCAACAAUGGUAAUCAAGACAUGUCAGCCUGGUUCAAUCUAUUUGCAGACUUGGAUCCACUUUCAAACCCAGAUGCUAUUGGACACUCAGAUGAUGAACUCCUUAAUGCUUGACUGAAGUUAUAUGUCACUUCAGUGGCCUUGAGACAUCAAUUUUGCAACACAUUUCCUUUGUGGAAAGGAGCUUAUAUUGUAACCCACACACAAAAGCAUGGUGUUUGUGAAUAUAACACCUGUCAGCCAACUUUAGACAGAUGGUAAAGACCACAUUUGAAUAGGUUAAGUACAUCUUUCAUAUCUUGGAUUUGCAGCUGUUGGUACUAUGUGGAAAAUAUUAGAAACUUCUAUGUGGAAAAUAUUAGAAAACUAUGGAGUCUGCAAUAUUUAGAUACUGAAACUUAUGUCAAAAUAACGGCUAGGAGUAAUUCUGUCAAUAUGGAGUUGAGCUUAUUUCUUUGGAAACCCUUUUAAGUUGCCUUGCUGGCUGUGAGAAUUUUAUAUGUGGAUAAAAAAGAUAGCAUGUAAAUUGGAUUGUGGUUUGGGGUCAGUUUUUAAAUAAAAUAGUAACAAGGAGGAUUUUCUGUUUUCGAAAACAGCAUUAGAACCAGACCAGCUUUGUUUUGGGUUAGAGAGAUAGAAUAAGAUUUGAGAGCUUAGUUUGCUUUAAUGAAAUCACAGAGAAACUUGAUACUUGUUUUUCUUCAUUUGGAGGCUAAAAUGUAAUGUUUUUUCAUUCAUACAAAAUAAUGGACACUCCCUAAUUCCAUUAUUAAAUCUUGAAGGGGAAAUAGCAGGAUAAUUAAUUUGCUAAGCCCAUUCUCUGUAGAAACAGAAAAUCUUCCCAUCUCCUAAACCUCAGAAUGCACAGUAAUACUUAAGGCUUGUACAAGUGUCUUCAGACCCACUUUUUCAUACAUUUGCGAUAUGGUAUUAUGCAGUAUUUAUAUUAUUUCUGAAAAUAAAAUGAGGGGGAAGAAUAUUCCCUAAGCAACUGGCAAUAUUAUUCCUGAUACACCUAGAAAUUUCUAUCUGAAUGAGGAGACACUUAUGAACACCUUAUCCUUACAUAUAUUUGCAUACUUACCCCAUAUUUUGUGACAUAAUUUAACCCAGAAUACUUUCUGGCAGACAUACAGAAAGCUCUGUGUGAUCAAUAAGGGAGUGUCUCAUUUUUCUACUUCCCUCUUUUUGUGGGUGACAUCAUCUGAAGCUCUAUUUGAUUACUAAGCAAAAUCUGUUACCCCUACAGGGUUUAGAACCUAAGUAUUAGAGAGGAAGGCUAUUUAAUGGAAGUUAGUGUAAGCUGAUAAAAACAUAGCUAUUGUACAUGCACAUCAAUCACUCAAUUUCCUGUCCUUUUUUCUUGCCCACCCUUUAAUUCUGAAGCAAUUUCCCAAGUGUUUUGCAUCCACUCCAUUGCAUUUCCAUAAGAAGACAUUUUGAAUAAGUUAUUCACAGUAGUUUCCAUGUGCUCUUAGUUCUAUUCUAAACAGGCUUAUUUAGAAGAGGAUUGCUUGUAAUGUUUGUCAUGGUACAUAGAAAACAUUGGACCAGAGUAGGUAAAAUGCAGUCCAAGUCCCAUCCAUAGCCAUCUAUAAUAGUAACUGCCCACAAGCUCUCCGGAAAACUACUACAAUGGCCAAGUACAGUAUAGGCUGGAAAGACCUUAUUAGAAACACUGACUCAGAAAAAAGGUAUGAAGUCUUUCCAUAAAAUCUUUUCACAAUAUUUCUCCUAUUUCUUUAGAUUUUAAUGAGCCAUUACUUAUCUCUUCAGAAGCAUUUUUUAAGUCUUCCUUUAUACUCAGUGAAAUUUCCCAGAAUGCAAUACCGUCAUUGUUCUGCCAAGUUCCAAUCACCAAGAUCAUGAUUAUGAAUCCCAAUCUGAAUUCUGUACCCAUGGUGACUCUGGUGCUCUCAACUUUUGAGUGCCUCAAAAAAUGCUAAAUCUUUGUCCGGGCAUGGUGGCUCAUGCCUGUAAUCCCAGCACUUUGGGAGGCCAAGGCAGGUGGAACAUUUGAGGUCAUGAGUUCGAGACCCAGCCUAGCCAACAUGGUGAAACCCUGUCUCUACUAAAAAUACAAAAAUUAGCCAGGUGUGGUAGUGUAUGCCUGUAAUCCCAGCUACUCGGGAGAAGAAUUGCUUGAACCCAGGAGGCGGAGGUUGCAGUGAGCCGAGAUUGCACCACUGCACUCCAGCCUGGGUGACAGAGCGAGACUCCGUCUCAAAAAAAAAAAAAAAAGCUAACUUUAUGUCUUGAGAGUUUGUACCAUUUUUCUUUGUAGUGGUCACCUUGCUAAUGCAUUAGUUCUGAGAGAUUUAUCUCCCUCACGUGUGUGCAGGGAAGUCCCUGUUAUCUGAUACAGAUACUUUAACAAGCAGACAAAGCAGAAGUCCAAAGCCCAUACUAGGAACACCCUAAAUUUUCCAAAAGCAAAGGUUCUCCCGAAAUGGAGACAUACCAGGGACUGUUAUUAUUCAGUUACUAGUUUCUAUAACAUUUCUUCUUUCAACAGAGUAUGUGUUUCCCUUUUAACCCAGAGCAACAUUAACUUCCUUAGCAAGUCCAGUUCUAACUUCCAACAAGUCCAACCACUAUUUUUGAAGAGCAUAUCAAUAACUUUAUUAAGACGAAGGCAACCACAUUUGUAUUUUCUCAAGAUUAGUUAUUUGAAGCUCAGCAGUUUUUGUGGUCAGAAAGAAAUUUUGCUCUAUUAAACCAAUAUUGCUAAUAUAAAACACCACCACACUGAAGAAAGGAGGGAAAGGAUGGGAAAAGCACAGAACAGAGAAUGACUGGUUGUUUUUUGUCUCGAUCUAGAUAAUCCACAUUCAAUAAGAAGUAAAUUAGUUAUCCUUAACCAAUGGUAGGCUGAGACCAACCCUCAAAAUAGGUAUUUUGUUAUGUUAAAUGGGGAGAAAUAUCUAUACUUUAUUUUAUACUGGAUAAGAAUAUGUUUAAGUCUAAAGACGGGCUAAACUUUGCCUAGUGUGUCUACAACCAUUUUUUAGGAGAGGCAGGAAUAUCAGGGCAUAAUAAGAUCAGAUUGGUGUAAUUUUGUAUGUUUUUGAAAUCCUUCAUUAAUUGUAGAACCUUGAUAGGAUUAGAAACAAACUGUAUUUCAACAAACAGGUUUCAGUAUUUGCACAUUGAAAAAGUGUUUUGUAUUUCAACUAUAAAUAUUUCACAUAUCUGUAUAGACCAUCUAGAAAUGUAGAGGUCUUACAGCAUUAGAACGAAGGAAGUUUAAACGUGCUCCGUCUAUUUUUCUGAGCCUCUUUUAAUAAAGAUUGCAAGAUGGCAUAAAACAAAA